GCUGGAUGACAUUAGGAGACAACCUCUUGGUCCCUCCACACUUCGUUAAAGGCAGUAAAUUCUACUUCGUUGACAUUCGCACGAGGUCUCCAAAAGCAGCUCAAUGUCCGAAAGCUGUCACCCUUCGAGUUGAUCCCAACGGACACAUCCUUUACUGGAUGCCACGGACAGGCGAAACUUCGAACUACAUCUUCAUUCAAGACAUUGUGGACGUGCGCGUCGGAAUACAAGCUGCUCAUGCAU